AUGAGUGAUCCCGAUGACCUUCAUGUGCAGUUCGACGUGCCCGGCCCCGGCGAAACGCCAAGUAACGAAGCAAAGGAAGAGCCUCCAACUGCAGUCUUCGAGAACAUACAAGGCGAUCAAGAUGAAAUUAGGAGGAUUCUCGAGCGCCAAGUACCUCGCAUAGGGCCGCCACCAGACUAUGCUUCAGUCGAGUUUUGGGACGGGCAAAGGGAUGCUGGAACCAGCCAGGACCUGUUCAAAUGUUCGAGAGGAGAAUACCCAGAACUUUGGUAUAAGUUUAAGAGGUUCGAAACUUUGAACUUACUUAAUCUUUACCAUUAUCAACAUGAACUUAUCCAGUUGGAAUCCAAGAUAUACAGACCCGAAAACACCGACCUUCCCGGAUCAGUGGACGGAAACAUGGUUACAGAAAUGCGCCGCUUACUUCGUGAAUAUUAUGAGGCGGCGAAAUCAUUCCAAGAGAUUUUCAGGAUGACGCGACCUUCUGUCGAAGAAAGACAAGCUGCAGCGGAGACCAUGUGCGUUAGAUUGAACACACAACAUUACGUGACGGCUGCGGACGCUUACGGGAUGAUGGACCUUACUCCGAAGGCUCUAGGGGUGGAAGCAGAUACCAUCAGGGUCAUGACUCGAACAUUGUCGAGGACCUUCUCCGGUGGAUAUGGACGAUCAAUGACACAUACGGCAACGAUAAAACGAAAGCUCGAGGAGAAUAAAAGCGGCAUCCAGAUCCAAUUCGCCGGGCGACCCUAUCACGUACCAGUCUCUCCUGGCGUUGACAUGGCCGCUAGAUUCAUCGUAUCCAUCAUAGCCGCAAUCGACCUCCUUGCCCCUGUCUACGCUCUCUCUUACAUCAACAACAAAGCCUAUGGGCUUAUAGCGACUUCCUUAUUCACCGUUCUCUUCAGCAUCUCUCUUUCAUUGAUAUCCUCGGCCAAAAAUCAAGAACUCAUGGUGGCUGCGGCUGCAUAUACGGCCGUGUUGGUUGUAUUCUUAGGCCAGACAAGCUGA